AUGGCCACCAGACUGCCAACAGAGAUCCUCGUCGAGAUAUUCAGAUGCAUAGAGCGUGUCGAACGUAAUCCAAUCGUCGUUCGACCUGCGGUAACCAAAGGGAUAUACAACAUGGCGCUUGUCUGCAAGAGCUGGUACGGACCAUUUACAAAGGUCGCGUACGAGACCAUCGAGUUUCCGCGUGUAUCGUGUGUAUUCCGUUUCCUCGAAACGCUGCAGACACGGCCUCAUCUUCGAUCACUCGUCAAGUCUCUGCUUUUGCCAGCUCGAGUUGGUGUCCCGUGCCCCGACUUGUUGGUCAAAGCAUUUGUGAAAAUAAUCCACUUAACCGAGUCACUAGAGCACCUCUAUGUGACUUGUCCUUUCCUUACGGACCCGAGGUUCACCAAAGGAGGUGUGUACACUGGGAACCAUUACCUUAUUCCAGUGUCUCCCGGUCGUCAUAGUCGACUUAAGUACCUUUUACUCUAUACAGAGACAAAGGAAGAGUCCAUAUUUCCACUCGGCAUCGCCUACGGUUUCUCUCAACUCACGUUUCUCUCUCUGAACGGAUUCUGCCUUCGAGAGGAAAUCGACCCCGAGAAGGUCCCCGUGCUCUCAAAAUUGCGCUACUUGCAUGUAGUUGGAGGGAGCGCGAUAAUCCAAAUGGAUCGAUGGCUUGUAGCAAGUCCGGCUCUCACAGACCUCGUACUCUGCUACACCGAGCUUCCCGAUUCGACUACUAAUAUCCCACCCAUUUCUAUCCUCCAGAAGGACAAGAUCACUCGACUUACUCUCACGCAAAUGUUCCCGCCUUCCAAAGUAUACCAAGGGACAUGGCUCACGCAGUGCUCCUCUGUUCGGAUACUAUCUGUGUCCUGGGAUCUCUUUUCCUCGGAGAAGCCAUUACGCGCAGCCUCUCAACUGGAAUGGAUUGCUCUCACAGCCCUCCCAUCCGAUAAUCUUUCUAUUGAACCUUUCCAGAAGUUCUUAUUCACUCAUCCGUAUAUCAGGUACUUUGAGUUACGACGAUGCGCGCAUGACAAGUGGGUUCAAAAUCACACAAGUAGGCUGAUGAUCUUGUUUGGAGAGGCUGGUGUGAGGUUGACAAUAAACGAGGCAAACUGCAGGUGUCAACAAGGCACAUCGGCGCUGAAGGAGCGCCUGAUAUCUUUGCCACGCGGCUCAAGUACAUCUUCACGGAAGGAUGCGAUAAAUCUGCUCAAGUGGGAAUGGACUCGGGGUUAA